AUUGCUUGAGCUAAAGGUGCAGGCAGAGUUAUGGGGCAGCAAGAAAUUGGUGAACUUCAAAUUAAUAAAGGUGAAGGCAGAUUUGAGAAGCCCCACUGAAUGUAAAGGUGAAGGCAGCUCAAGCCCCACUGAAACGAUUCAGUCUCACAUUUAGCAACAGCUCCAGAGACCAAAGAGAGCAAUUUGCAAGAGGUAGAAGAAGAAGAACAGGGGAAUACGAGAAGCUGAUGCGAAGAGCAGGGGAAUACCACGAGAAGCUGAUUCGUUCUCUGUUCUCUCUAUCUGUUUCUUCUGUUUCUUCUCUGCAGGAGGUAGAAGAAGAAGAACAGGAGGUAGAAGCUGAUGCGACGGCGACGACGCUGGGGAAGAUGGCGCCGGCGCUGGAGAAGAUGGCGAUGGCGACGGCGCUUCUUGUCUCCAGGGCAGCCUCUCCACGAAGAAGAAGAUGGGGAAAUUUUUUUGGGAAUUAGGGUUCUGCACUUCUGCCCGACCCCGAGUCCCGACCCACCUUCCUUCCCCUUUAAUUUUUCGGUAUUUUAGUUUUUUUUUUUUUUAAUUACACCAACCGGCCGGAUGCAAAAAACCGGACGACCGGCUCGAGCGGCUCGAGCGAUUAACCGCUUCAGCCGCUCGUCGGCCGCCCCAGAGAACCAGUCCGGCUAUAUAGCUGAUCCGAGCCGGUUUUGAGCCCGGUUGGCGGUUUUGGCGGCCCGGCCGGCCGGCUCGGCUCGGUUUUCACAACACUACUUCUUUCACUGGUUCGUCGGCGAAGAAAAACAAGAGGAAAAAAAAAAGACACUCGUAACCCGUUCGAGUAAAUACCUUGCAAGUGGAAAUCAAUCGAUGAAAAAAUUUGUCCGGCGAAAUUGCCGAUCUAUUCAGCCGAGUGAAAAGCCCGUCGACGGCUGGCUGUUUGAAGCUUGGUUUUGUCGAGAAGUAGAGAGGUGUGACCGUGUUUCCUGCAGCCGAGCGCAAGAAGAGCGAUAGAGCCAUUGCUGCGGUUUUGUCUCUUCAGACAGAGGGUCUGAUGGGCCUUCCGGGGAGUAGAGUGAGGCUGCACCCUGCUGAGCCCAAAAGGACUUCGCCGUGCAUAGUAGGGUGCUAUUGCUAAGCAAGGUAGUCAAACGGGAUUAGGCUAAUUAAUCCCACUACAACACUGUCAAUUAUCACAAAAUUGUCAUUGGUUUCAUGUUCUUUCAUCGAUGGUUGAAGAUAGGGUGCAUAACCCAUGUUAUGCACCCAUCAAUAACCAAACCUAGACCCUUUAUUUAGAAAAUUCAGUCUUAAGGAAUGAGAAUUAAAGACCAUUUUUAUUUUUUCUAGCUUUCUUAAUUGACUCAUAUCUUUUUCGUUUUAACUCGGAUUUUAAUUUUUUUUGCACAGAUGGAACGAGUUCAUCGUGCUCUACAAAAUGAGAUCAAUUUUCAAUAUUUUUUGAGAAAAAAAAGUUCUGGCCUCUCGAUACCAACGGCAUACCAUAUGGUAUCUUCUUCGUUUUUGAAAAAGUUUGCACAGAAGGGACGAGUUCAUCAUAUGAUCUAUUGGAUCUACAAAUUUCUGGGUGAAAAAAUUACAGGACCAAAAAAUACCACACAAUACCAUGCAAUACCACCCUGGUACGGGGUGGUAUUGUAUGGUAUCUUCUUCAUUUUUAAUUCGUUUUUGAAAACGUUUGCACAGAAGGGACGAGUUCAUCAUGAUCUAUUGGAUCUACAAAUUUUUGGGUGAACAAAUUACAGGACCAAAAAAUACCACACAAUACCAUACAAUACCACCCUGGUACGGGGUGGUAUUGUGUGGUAUACAAUGUUAAAAGUCGUAAAUGACAAUUAAUAUACUUCUACUAUCAUGUAUUCAACCAUCCUACAAUCUUGGUUUGUUCAUACCACCAUGGUACGUUUUUCAAACCAUAGGUAUGCUUUUAUUUCAAUACUAGUCAAUACCAUAUGGUAUAGACUGGUAAAAAAUGGCUCAAUUUUUUUUUUGUUCAAAAAAUAUAUUAAAGUGGAUAUCAUUUU